UCAAUACACAAUGAAAUAUCUUAUAACCUAUCGAUACACAAUGAAAUAUCUUAUAACCUAUCGAUACACGAUGAAAUAUCUUAUAACCUAUCGAUACACAAUGAAAUAUCUUAUAACCUAUCGAUACACAAUGAAAUAUCUUAUAACCUAUCGAUACACAAUGAAAUAUCUUAUAACCUAUCGAUACACAAUGAAAUAUCUUAUAACCUAUCGAUACACAAUGAAAUAUCU